AUGGGGGAUCAGGGUGUUUUAGGUGUUAAUGUUGGGAGAGAGGAGGAGGAAGAUGAGUUUUGCAGUUGUUGUGGAGAUGAAGACGAGGAAGUGUGGAAAGAGACUGAGGAGGCUGUGGUGGAAGGGUUGAAGGGCGCGCUUGAUGAAUUUUCAGUGAAGAUGUUCUUCAAGGGGUUGUCAAUGGCUGGGGUUGAAAAUUCAAGUUCUGGGUUUUCUGGAAUUGGAGUUGUCAUGGAAAGGUCCCCAGGGCUUCCUGCUAUUAGGGUGCAGAAAAAACUUGACUUUCAUGCGGAGGAGUCAGUGGUUGACUAUUUGGCACUCUUGGACGGCUUGCUGGAAGCAGUGCAGAAAAAGAUACGCAGGGUUUAUGCCUUCACAGAUUCUGAGUCGUUGCAUAAUCAGAUAACAUUUGGGAAAAAAUUGGACAUGCCGCUUUUGAUAGCAUUGAGAGAAAGGAUUCUGGAACUUGCCAAUAAUUUUGAAGAUUUUGUUUUAAAGCUUAUACCCUCCACUAAUCUUGAGCAACCACUGCAUUUGGCCAAAGUAGCUAUUGGACUAGUCACUUUCCCCGUAAAUGGCGAGAGAUUGCUUAAGAACUGUUCUAUUUGCUGUGAUGACAAGCCAGUUCCAAUUAUGAUUUCCCUGAAAUGUUCACACACAUUCUGUUCACAUUGCUUGAGGGCCUAUGCUGAUGGUAAAGUGCAAUCUUGUCAAGUUCCUAUAAGAUGCCCUCAACCAGGGUGUAAGUAUUGCAUGUCUGCAACUGAGUGCAGGUCUUUUCUUCCAUUCACCUCCUUUGAAUCACUAGAGAAAGCCCUUUUCGAAGCAAAUAUUGACCAUUCAGAUAGAAUUUAUUGUCCAUUUCCAAAUUGUUCUGUUCUCCUUGAUUCUCAUGAAUGUUCAUCAGCUAGGGCAAGUUCAUCCAGUCAUUCUGACAAUUCUUGUAUUGAGUGUCCUGUUUGUAAGAGGUUUAUCUGUAUGGACUGUAAGGUUCCUUGGCAUUCUUCUAUGAGUUGUGUAGAAUUCCAGAAUCUGCCAGAGGAGGAGAGAGAUGCUUCUGACAUUACCUUGCACCGUCUUGCUCAAAAUAAAAGGUGGAAGCGUUGUCAGCAGUGUCGUAGAAUGAUUGAACUUACUCAAGGCUGUUAUCACAUGAGAUGCUGGUGUGGUCAUGAGUUCUGCUAUUCUUGCGGUGCAGAAUACCGAGAAGGGCAACAGACAUGCCAGUGUGCAUAUUGGGACGAAGAUAACUCAGAAGACUCAGUGACACACUCUCUUCAAGAAUCAGAACAAUGGGCAUGGGAGACAUUCAACUCUCUCUCCAUGAUCAUGGACGCAUACUCAGACCAAGAACGGUCGCAGCUUGCUCUUAUUCAGAGGUUUCUUGCAGGUGGUUUCAGUCUCAGUGACCACAAUCCUUAUCAGUCUCCUCCUCGCUGUACAGAUUCUUAUGUAGACCCCAUGAAGGAUCUCCAUCAACUUCCAUGGCUAGAGAGGUUUGUGUCUGUGAUAAGUGACAACUACUAUGAAGAUUACAUUCAAUGA